UCACAGAAAGUUAGAAACAGCUAAAGCAGAUGGAAAUGGAUGGCGACAACCCAGUUCUUCCCCAACAUUCUUAUACGUCUUCCGGUAAAAUCCCUAAUUCGAUUUCAAUGUGUCUGCAAAAAUUGGAAAAAUCUCUUCAAAAACCCAUAUUUCAUCGCUGAACACCUCCAACACUCCUCGCAUCAAAACCCUUCUCUUCUUAUAGAAGAUUAUGGCAAAUCUGAUCCUUUUCGAAUAUGUUUGCUCGAUCGUGAGAUGCAAGUCCUUGAAGUACCGAACGAUCCUUUUAUUGAUUCUAUGUGGUUGUGUGUUUGGACCAUCGAUUCCUGCAAUGGCUUGGUCUGCAUGGGAGUCGCUACUUUUCCUAAAUCUCUUUCCCUUUUUGUAUGGAAUCCAGCGACUAGGGAGGUGAGGCGGGUGUCUAGAGCUGUUAGUUCUUUUGAAGAUGAGGAAUUCUAUGUAGGAUUUGGGUUCAGUCCAUCAGUUGGUGAUUACAAGAUAGUGAAAAUUGGUGUUUCUGGGAAUGAUUGUCUGGUUAAUCAAGUAGAAGCCUAUUCAUUAAGCAUAGGGUCAUGGAGGGAAGUAGAAUUCGGGAACUUAGAUGGUGUAGCGAUUACUUCUAACGGUUUCACUUCUAAUGGAUCUAUCUUUUGGAUUGGGUCAAGGCUGGGUGUGGGGGAGGAUGAAGAUGAUUUUGAUUUGAUUGUCUCAUUUGACAUAGCAAUGGAAGUGUUUACAUCGAUACCAAUGCCUUCUUCACCCUUGUCAAUUACAAAUACACCAUAUCCCAGGUAUCUUACUGUAUACGAAAACAAGCUUGCUCUGCUCUCUCACACUUUGAGUGGAGACUUCAAAUCGUCCUUGAUUCAUUUGUGGGUGAUGGAGGAGGGUACAUGUGUAUCUAGAGAGAGAUGGAGUUGGACUAAGACAUAUACUAGCAGCCCUUAUUUAGGUUGCUUGUUAGUUCCAACGACUAUUUGGAGAAAUGAAAUUGUAUGCAAUGUUUCUACGUUGUUCGAACCCAUUGAUCAAGUUGAAGAUGAUGCAGAGAAUGAUGAACGAAAAAUUGUUAUGUUCAAUCUCACAACCAAUGAAUUUAAGACGUUUGAUAUCCGCAAAUCUGUCCUUGGUUAUGGUAUUUUCAAUUAUACAGAAAGCCUUGUACCAGUCGGCAACAUCCACACUGAAUAGCAGUGGUCCUAAAUGUUGAUUAUUAUAUUUCAUAUUUACUUUGUUUUUGCACGAUUGGUGGAAAUGGACCUAGAAGGUUUUAGUUCAUUCUGUAACUACAAGGCUUGGUGUGGUUCAGAGUUUUUAUCAAAAGUGAUGAAUGCAGAUAUGCAAUAACAUAUGCUUCUAGCUUUAUCUGAAUUAUCUAUGAUAUCAAGUUAUUCAAUUUUCUGUCAUAGAUAGAUUUUUUGUUUUGCCAGCAAAAGAUGGAUAUAUACUUUAGUUGUUGGUGUGUGGAUUAGUUAGGUCUUUGUAUCCAGCUAAUGUACCUAAUAUUUUUUUUAAUAUGUGAGGGAAUAAAAGUGGGUGAAGCAAAUUUAAGUUUCA